UAAAAAAUAACCUUUUCUUUUUAUUAUUUUAUUUUUUUUUUAUACUUGAAAAAGACAUACGAUCAAUAAAUGUUGUUUAAGUUUUCCAGGUGCAAUGCCACCUUGGUUACGAACUAACAUCUUUCCCCAAAACUUCCCCUUUGCCUCUGUUUAUACCAUAGUCUAUGUCAUAAAGAAGCUCAAAAAAAAAGCACUAUUUAAUAUUGCGUGUCUAUCGAAAUAAUAAAGUAAACCAACUGAAUUUAACAAUAUUAUGUGCGUGCAUGUCUGACAGUCUCUCUUCUCUUCUUUAAAAUUGCCAAACAAUAAGUUUAAUAUUUAUUUAAAAAUAACCUCGAUUUUAUAAACAACAGGAUGCUGAAUCGAAAAUUUUUAGAUGAUAAAUGCAGUGGAAAUGAUCCAGGACGAGUUCGUGAUAUUAAAAAGUGUCCGACGGAAAUGGCUAAUAUUGUUGAGCCAAAAAAUGAAUUUUGUGAACAACAAAAUUUAGUUAAUCAGCCAGAAAUGAUGCUUCAUGAAGAAGAAAAAAAUGAAGAACAGUCUACUCCACCAUAUUUUCCACAACCAGAUGAUGAUCUACCAGCAAAAGAUGAAGGACCAAUGAUGCCACUUGGUCCAUGGGCAACUGGUAGAGUUGUUUAUUCACCAAUUAAUGGAAUGACUGGUCUACGUCCAGUUGUUGAUCGUUAUUCUAUAACUAGAUUUAGUCCUGCAGAAUGGAGGUUACAUAAUAAAAGUUUUUUUGAUCAAUCAAAACAUACAAUUAAUGAUGCAAAAUUUGUCGAGAAAAUAUCAAGAGAAAAUAAUAUGAAAAUUUACAAAGACACAGACAAGAUACAAUUGGAUAAUCGUGAUAAAUUGAGUGAACGUUCAAGCUUAAUACAUAAAUGGAAAACAGAAUUAGAAAGAGCACUUUUUGAAAUAACAGAAGAGAUAGAAUUGCUUGAGGGUGAACAUCGUCGUGUUAAACAGACACUCUCAGUUUUAACAAUUCCCGAGUCAAUUUCUGGUGAAUUUCUUGAAAUACGUACAAAACGUAUGGAAAGUGAUCUUGUACGUGAUGAGGUAGACAAAGAGCUCAUAAAGGAAGUUGCAUUGUGUUCAGAAACUCGUAAUAUGUUAAAUAAUACUUGUAAAAUAAUUGAAACACAAUUAUUAGAAUUAAAAACAGCUAAAACAAGAAUGGAAUUUGAUUUAACUGAUAAAACUGAUGCUUAUGAAAUUGAUAAAAAUUGUGUUGGUCUAUCAAAUAGCUCUUCUAUUAUUUUAAAACAUCCAGGAGCAACAAGAGUACCAACUGAACAAUCAACACCAGAUGGAUAUAAUUACUUUACCAAAGAAGCCCUAGAAAUGGGUGAAGCUGUGAAAAAUAAAUCUGUUGAAAUACGUUCAACAUUGAAUGAUAUUUACCUCAAGAUUGUCAAAGAUUUACGUAAUCAAGCAAUUCAAGUUGAUGCAGUUUUAGCUGAGAAUAUCAGUCAAACUGAAAUGGUUUUUCAACAUCUAGAAAAAGAAUUAACACAGUGUCUCAAUCAAUUAUCUGAUACUGAAAAAUUAAUUGAAGAACUUCGUGGUGCAACAAAAGGUCUUGAUGAUGCAUUAAAAGUUGCCCAAUCACGUUUAAGUGAUCGUCUUAAUCGUCGUAAUGUUGAAAGUUGUCGUGAUACAUCACAAUCUGGAUUAAUUGAAGAAGUAAAAAUUAUUAAUGAUAAUUUAUCAUUAAUGGCAAAACAAUUAAAAAUUGCUGAACAAACUCAAGCUGGUCUUGUUAAAUCUCGUGGUGAUUUAGAACGUGAAAUAAUUGUUAAAAAAAAAACACUUUUUGUUGAUCGAGAUCGUGGACAAUUACUACGUUCUUACUACCCUUCAGCUGAGGCAUUGUCUGGUCAUUAAAUCUGAAAUUUAAAAUUAAAUUUUAAUCCAGAGA